GAUAAAAUUCAAGAAAUAUUAUUUUCAACAUUUUAACAUUCGUCAUCCGACAGUCAUUAUCUGCUGUUGUUCUAACAAGUCGUUGAAGUUGUGUUGCUUCUGUCGAUAUACGAAAUGGUGCAAGUAACUCAGACUGAUGAAGAAAUUAAAAUUGUUAUCGAGUUGAAUCGUCUCAUAACUCGUAAACCAGACAUCGUACUAUUGCCAACCUAUAUAAAGUUUAACAAUCCUCCCAUAUUUUUCGAACGUCACUUGGCUCAAGAAAUUGAUGAGCUGGCCAGCUUUUGUCGCAUUUUUAAAAAUGAAGCACGCAUCAUGCUAAUUAAGAAGCAAAGAGGUGAAUGGCCCGAAUUAUUUUUGAAGCUCUCAAAAGAGGAGCUAUUCAAAAAACGUUUGGAAAUCUCUAAUCAAAUUGUUGAACGGAAUAAGGAACGUGAUCAGCAGGCAAUGGAGCGUUAUGAAGCUAAACGUCGAGCCGAAAUCAGUAAGGAAGUGCAACGUGAAACAGCGAUGCGUGAACGUGUUAAACAAUUUCAAGAGAAAGCCUGUUCUGAGGCAAUGAUGGUUGGCAUACGUAAGGAAACACAUGAAAAGCAAAAGGUUGAGAAUCGUCCACCCGUCACAGCAAAUACUAAAAAUGCCAUAACAUCACGUGGCGGUGAGGGUAGUGUUGUACCGACUCGCUUGGGCACACCUGUUGCACAUACAAUGGCUGCUUUACGUUCGUCUGGUAAAAUAAAUGUUAGUUUUUCAAGUUUUGAGUUCAGGACUCCAAAACGAGAAUCUCAGGAAGGUGUUCCGAAACCAUUUAAAAUUGAAGAUCCUGAAAAGUUAAAAGAGGCAAACAUUAAGUUGGACACUUUAGAUGAAUAAAGAAUAUGUUUAUUGUUUAAGCGAUAUUUUUAUAUUGUCAAUAUUUAUUGUUUUAUU